AUGUUACUACGGUUUGAAUCGAGAUUGGGCCAGUUUCGAUUAAACGUUGAGCCUACAGAGCAGUUUUCAUCACUCACUUCAAAGAUUCUCGACAACCUCCCUCCAAACACCGAUGCCGACUCGAUAGUUUUGAGCAACAGACCCGUAGGCUCCAAACCAGAUCCUGACAGAGAGCGACGUCUAGCAGACCUACCUGGAGUAGAGCUGCAGCAGGUUGGAUUAAAACAUGGAGACAAACUAUUUAUUGGAUUCUCGGAGCACGAGAAACUGUCCAACGGCCACUCCAAUCCUGAAGCGCCUCCAACUUCACGGCGGCUGAACGGCACGAUUGCCUUGCCAGAACCUACGACGCUUACGCCAACUGUCGCUGUGACUUCGCCGACAUUCAUAAAGAACCCAUGGGAGGUUAUAAAACAGUCGGCAUUGGAUGACCGGCUGGAUAAAAAGGAUGGCAAGAUUUCUAGGCCACGAGAUCUCAAGAUGUGUCGCCAUGGCCCAAAGGGAAUGUGCGACUACUGUCAGCCCCUGGAACCAUACGACAAGAAAUACCUGGAGGAGAGGAAGAUCAAGCAUUUGUCAUUCCACAGCUACCUGCGCAAGAUCAACUCUGCAACGAACAAGCCCGAGUUGAAGAGCUCAUAUAUGCCACCUCUGACGGAGCCUUAUUACCGAGUCAAGAAAGAUUGCCCAGCGGGUCAUCCUCCCUGGCCCGAGGGUAUAUGCUCAAAGUGUCAGCCAAGCGCCAUCUCCCUCCAGCCGCAACAAUUCCGAAUGGUUGACCAUGUCGAGUUCGCCUCCGCGGACAUGGUCGAUAAGCUGAUUGACUUCUGGAGAAAGUCUGGCAGCCAGCGGCUCGGCUUCUUGUACGGCCGGUACGAAGAGUAUACAGAGGUGCCGUUAGGCGUCAAAGCUGUCGUCGAAGCAAUCUACGAACCGCCUCAAAUCGGCGAAGUUGACGGGCUCAGGCUAUUGGACUGGCCGAACGAGACAGAAGUGGAUGAAGUUGCAAGACUCUGUGGCCUGGAGCGGGUUGGCGUGAUAUUCACCGAUCUCAUGCCACCCGAGGAAGGCGAAGGUCAGGCUGUAUGCAAACGACACAUUGACUCGUACUUCUUAUCCUCCCUGGAGAUUGCAUUCGCAGCGCGGUUCCAGGCACAGUAUUCGAAACCGUCGAAAUGGAGCGAAACCGGUCGCUUCGGGUCCAACUUUGUGACAUGUGUGGUCACUGGCGACGAAGAUGAAAGCAUCACCAUCAGAGCGUACCAAGCAUCGAAUGAGGCAGUAGAGAUGGUUCGUGCGGACAUUGUGGAGCCGUCAGCAGACCCUUCGGUGAUGCUGGUACAAUCAGAGGAUGACGAAAGCGUGACUGGUCAACAGCGAUACAUCCCCGAGGUGUUCUACCGCCGGAUCAAUGAAUAUGGCGCGAACGUGCAAGAAAAUGCUAAGCCCAGUUUCCCCGUGGAGUAUCUAUUGGUGUCCCUGACGGCCGGAAUGCCUAUCAACCCCAGGCCGCUGUUUACGAACAGCAAGUUCCCGGUGGAGAAUAGAGAAGCCGUGGCCGAGGGUCAAGAUCCCAAGGAUGUGUCCAAACAACUGCGCUCCUCGAAAUCGGUAGAGGCGGUGUCCGAUUUCCACCUCUUGUGCUUUCUUCAUGGCAUGGGCGUCUUCAGCAAGGAAGAAGAACAGAUUCUGUGUCGGGUUGCGACCACACGAGAUCAGGUGGAUGCGGCGCAUUUGACCGAGUCUCCCGGUUGGGGAACCCUGCUGGCAAUCCUCGAAUCAUAUGGUGAGCGGCCCUUGAAGCGUUCAUGGAAUUUGUCGACAGAGGACGAUUCGUUCGACCCUGAGAGCCCGUCAGAAAACCUGGCUAAACGAUUCAAACAGGCGGCUAGCCUCGAGCGAUGA